AUGGCUGCAAGGUGUUCGAUCGCGUUCAUGAUCAUGGCGAGCUGCCUGUCCGUCGUCGUCUCCGGUGGGCUUCCCGGCGAUCUCUUCGCGCUCAGUGUCGCCUCGAAGCUCCGCGUCGACCGCAACUCGACGGCGAGGGCGUCGUCGGACUUCGGCCGCAUUGUGGCCGCCGCGCCGGAGGCGGUGCUCCACCCGGCCACGCCGGCCGAGAUCGCGGAGCUCGUCCGGUUCUCGGCGUCGUCGCCGUCGCCGUUCCCCGUGGCGCCGCGCGGGCAGGGCCACUCUGCCCGCGGGCAGUCGCUCGCCCCGGGCGGCGUCGUGGUCGACAUGCGCGCGCUGGCGUCGCGCCGCGGCCGCGUCAACGUGUCCGCGGGCGCGGCGCCGUACGUGGACGCCGGCGGCGAGCAGCUGUGGGCCGACGUCCUCCGCGCGACACUGGAACACGGCCUGGCGCCGCGCGUGUGGACGGACUACCUCCGCAUCACCGUCGCCGGCACGCUCUCCAACGCCGGCAUCGGCGGCCAGGCGUUCCGGCACGGCCCGCAGAUCGCCAACGUGCUCGAGCUUGACGUCAUCACAGGAACGGGUGAUAUGGUGACGUGCUCAAGGGACAAGGACUCGGACCUGUUCUUCGCGGUGCUGGGUGGGCUGGGCCAGUUUGGGAUCAUAACCCGGGCUCGCAUUGGGCUCAUGCCGGCUCCGAAGCGGGUGCGAUGGGUCCGGCUCGCCUACUCGGAUGUGGCCACGUUCACUAAAGACCAGGAGCUGCUUAUAUCAAAACGGGCUAGCGAAGCCGGCUUCGACUACGUCGAAGGACAAGUCCAGCUCAACCGGACACUCACCGAGGGUCCCAAGUCGACGCCCUUCUUCUCUAGCAGCGAUAUUGGCAGGCUUGCUGGACUUGCCUCGAAGUCUGUGUCAGGAGUGAUCUACGUAAUCGAAGGCACCAUGUAUUACAAUGAGUCAACCAGCACCACUAUGGAUCAGAAAUUGGAGUCAAUACUAGGGCAGCUAAGCUUUGAGGAAGGCUUCGUGUUCACAAAGGAUGUGAGAUACGUGCAAUUCCUUGAUCGUGUGAGGGAGGAAGAAAGGGUGCUCCGAUCGAUCGGCAUGUGGGAUGUUCCGCACCCAUGGCUAAACCUCUUCGUCCCUCGAUCACGCAUCCUUGACUUUGAUGCUGGUGUGUUUAAGGGUGUCUUCGCUGGUGCCAACCCUGUUGGCGUCAUCCUCAUGUAUCCCAUGAAUACGAAUAUGUGGGAUGACUGUAUGAUGGCAGUGGCCAGCGACGAUGAUGUGUUCUACGCUGUGGGGUUGCUCCGUUCUGCGGCAGUUAUUGGUGAUGUGGAACGCCUAGAGAAAGAGAACGAGGCGGUGUUGGCAUUCUGCCAUAAUGAGGACAUCGGGUGCAAGCAGUAUCUGCCAUAUUACACAUCACAAGAUGGGUGGCAACGCCAUUUCGGUGCUAAGUGGAGCAGGGUUGCCGAUCUAAAGGCGAAGUAUGACCCACACAGGAUAUUGUCACCAGGACAGAGGAUUUUCUCAUCACCAGCAUCAAUGGUGGUGGUGUCUAUGUAGUCGGUCAAAUGAUAAUUUUGAGGUAAGGAGGAGUAUAGAUAAUUAGGUGUUUAGGGAUUUAGUUUUGAGGUAACGGAGGGUGAAAAGCAAGUUAAGUUGCUUGUGAGAAGCUGAAAUGCUGAUAAAACCCAAAGAACUCUAGAAGAGGGAUUGCAACUUGUUCUUAGAAGAUAUAUGUAGAAAAAAAAAUCUGGAUAUGGUUGAUUCAAUUAGGAGGAUGCUGUAGGUUGUAGUUGCCACGUUAUUUUUUUUUAGGUUUCCUUUUG